AUGGCAACGACGAUACACAAAAUAACUUCCCCAAAAACAAAAUCAAGUACGAGACCGUCUAAAAGUUUAGAUAGUCAAAGAAGUGAUUCGUUCAAUAUUGAACUUUUGGAAUAUGAAUGGCCAGAUUUGCCUCCCCUCACACACGUUCGAGAUGCAAUAACCCGCAAUAAGAUUAGUCGUGGUAUAAGUUAUAUAUUGCCUUUAGAUCCUAUCAGCAGUAACUUUAAACCAGAUUUACGAGCUAUGUUUACUCAGACGAAUCGAGGAAAUAGCGAUAAAAGUCUGUUUGAGCACACAAAAUCAAGACCAACGUCUAAAACUCGAUAUUUCAGUAACAGUGUCGACACCAAUUGGGCCGAUAAAAACAUUCGGCUGUGUUCUCCGAAGCUAAACUCCGAAUCUGACAAGGUUCGAAAGAUGUAUGGAAGAUCCGCACCAUGUCAUUCAUCAGCUAAAAGAAGGAUGGGUUUGGAUAUGCAGAAAUCGCGGCAACAUUCGAGUUUACAUGUGCAAAUAAAAGCCAAGGAACCACCGGAAGCUGUUCAAUUGAGAGAGGAAGUUGAUCAUAUCAUCAAAACACUCAAGGAAGAUGAAGGUGAUUUCGACAUCGAAAACGAAGCUGUUCACGGAGAAAGUGAUUUGUCUAAAGAAUUGAAAAACACGCCUUUGGAUAGAAAGGAAUCUAUAUUUAAAGAACAAGCCAACUCUCUUUCUGAUAAAAUAGAAACAUUAAGACUAGGACACAAACGGUUUUCUUCUUACCAAACACUAAGAGAGACGGAACCGCCAAAGUUAGUUAUACCGAAUCCUUUGCGUUCUACUUAUCUAUCAGAUGCAUCUAAUCAGCAUAUUUGGGAGUGGCUGCAUGAUGGUGAACAAAUGUCUGAUUUUGAUUUCUUUUUGUCUGUUUGUGGAUGA